AUGGCAAUAGAAAAGGAAUCAACUGAAGCGCCCCCGUUCUUCCUCAGAUACGAAGUCGCCGGAUGUUACCAACACGAUCAAGGAUUGGAUUACCCAGUGCAAGACCGUGCACAGUACCGCAAUCAUUCUUCGGGAAGGAAUGCGCUUCCCUCUCGACUAAUCGACAUCCAUGACCGAAACGGAAGUGCACCCCGCCUGGUCUUAACCGGAGACAAUUCAAGCUUUACCGAAGCCCGAAGGUCUGAGGUACGCUAUGUUGCUCUGAGUUAUUGUUGGGGCAAGCCAGAAUUACUAAAUCGAAAAUUGUGCCAUACUACCACGUCUGGAACGCCCGCCUCGUACCCUGAAAGCUCUUCCGCUUCAUCGCUUACCCAAGACGAUCCGGGACACGGCGACUUUGACCAAAGCUCUGGAAUUACGCUAUCUCUGGGCGGACAGCAUCUGCAUCGCAGUGGGAUCUUGGCGUCCGUCUACGGUGGUGCGUUUCUCACCGUUGCUGCGUCGUGGAGCUCAUUCAUGCACUCUGGAAUCUUCACCAAAAGACCGGGUGACGAUGCCGCCAGUGCUGUAAUUGACCUAGGACGUCUGGAUGAUGCCACCAUCAAGGGCAGAUUGGAGCUUGUCCGCUUGAACAUCUGUAGGGUGGAUUCUACCCGGGAGCCUCUGUUCAGCCGUGGCUAG